AUGAAUCAUAGGUAUGGACAUGUUAGAAAAUCAUCUUUGCAGCAUACUAUUGGUGGUGGGAGUGGUACACCACCCAAUAUCAAUUUGAGUGGUGCAAACAGCAGAGUUUCACCUAUUUUAGUUGGUGUUUCUAGUGGUAGUUUGAUACCUUCUCUCAAUUUAAAUCCUGGAAAUAGUAAUACACAACAACAACAACAUUUACAAUAUCAACAACAAAUAUCACCUAUUGGUUCACCUUUAUUAGGACAUCAACAGUUAUCUUUACAACAACAACAACAGCAACAGCAACAGCAUUCAACAUUCUCUCUUGUUUCGUCUGGUAGUUCACUACCUACAUCAUCUUCUUACUCCUCAAUGUCAACUUCAACAACUACACCAAUAUCCGAUGUUACUACUAAUAAUAGUAAUAAUAAUAAUAACUCGGUAUCUUCGCAACAACAAAACAAACCACCUUUACAACAACAACAACAGCAACAGCAACAACUACAACAAACAACACCUAAAACAAAAGGUGCGAAUACAGAGGUAUAUGGUUUCGUCUACUGGAUUACAACGUUCCUUGGUUAUAUUAUCUAUUUACUCUGGGCAUUCGUACCGGAAUAUAUGUUGUCUGAUCUGGGUGUGCAUUAUUAUCCAAGCAAAUACUGGGCUAUUGCCAUUCCGAUGUACUUGGUCAUCUGUAUAUUAUUUGGUUUCACCGUAUAUUUCUGUAUCAAUCUAAUCAUUACGAAACCAUUCGAUUCACUCAAUACACUACGCGAUGAAUUCACCCAAACUGAAUCAGAGGCAACUGGUCAUGUCUAUCUGCCACAAUCGAUUCCACCACUCGAAGACAUUCCCAUUGACACUGUCAAUCGUGUCUUGUAUCAAUCAAGACCAAUGAGAAUAAACAACACAACAACAACAACUACUACAACAACUACAACCACAACUACAUCGACAUCGACAUCUACAGCAUCAUCAUCUUUAUUAACAUCCAAUACAAAUACACAAGGUAGUACAAUAGUAGUUUCACCAAUAAUUAUAAGUAAUAAUAACAGUAAUAAUAAUAGUUCAAUUUAUAAUGGUAGUGGUGGUAGUUUAACAACAUCUCUUUCGACACCUAAUAAUAAUACACCUCUAAGUUUAUCUAGUUCCACUAUUAAUACCAAUGUGAUUAGUAGUAGUAGCGGUAGCAAUGGUACUACAGUGCCAAGACGUAGUAAUCCACUGAGUACUUCUACACAAUCAACAUCGAUACUUCUAGGUGGCGGUAACUCACCACCCAUUUCAUCAUCGCCACGCUCUCAUUAUCUGCCAUUGUUAAAUCAUUUCGCUUUGAACAGCAGUACCGGUAGCACUGGAAGUAGUAACAGUGGUCAGACAACUAACACCAGCAACACCAGCAGCGACACUUCAAUCACAGAUGAUGACGAAACAACCUCACCCAACAUCUUUUAA